CCAAUCAGCGCAGAGCAGCACAUCCCUCCACCACCGCCGCCCGACGCUCCACGCCAGUGGGCGCGAUCCGAGAGGGAAGAUGGUGCGCACUUUCAGCGGCGGGGUCGGCGACGUGAAGCGGCCCUGGUGUGUGACGGAGAUCGGGGAGCCAUGCUCGGUCCCAGCGCGGCGACGUCCCCGAUGAUCGCUUUCAAUCCCCGGAGCACAUCGAGCUGCAGGCCGGCGGCUGCCUGCUACAUCUCCCCUGGAGCCUCUGGGAGUCUCCUCUCCUCUGACUGACGCCAAAUCAACGACUUCUCCUGGAGCUCCCAUGACUGCAUCUUGCUCCCGACAUGGCUGAGGAGAGCAGCGUGGGCCGGCAGCUGGAGAGCAUGGAGAGGAGCAUGGUCUUCCUCAGGCAGGAGCAUCUCACUUUGCUCCACGGGCUCCACCGGGAGAUCCUCUCCUUGCAGAGAAGAUGCUCAGAGUUGACAAAUGAUCUGAAGGUGAAGCCUCAAGGAAGAAGCCAGAUCGAGAUCCAGGAGGAAGAGGAGGUGCUGGAGGAGCGCUGCAGGGAUGUGGAAGAGCGUCUGGCAGAGCAGGACUGCACCAUAGUAGAUAUCCGCAAGGAGCUGGGCCACAAAGGCGCCCUCGUGGGAGCCCUGCGCGCCAAUCUGAAGGAGAAAGAGCGCCACUUCCUGGAGGAGCUGAAGCGGCGCAGCCACUGCUCCACCAUCCUGAACACGGAGCUGCAGAAACAGACGGAGGCGGCGGCGUACCUCUCCUUCCAGCUGCACGCCGCCAAGCAGAAGCUGCAGCAUCAGCGGCUGCAGCAGAGACAGGCGCUCCUGUCCAGAGCCUCCGCUCAGGGUCCUCAGUGCGUCUCCCCGCCAACGACCCUUUCCUCCCCCGUGGUGAAGCCCAAACGUAAGAGCGCCAGGGCCUCCUCCAGGGUGGAGCGCGCCCGAGAAUGCGUGCCCACGGAGAAAGUGACGGGCCCCGCCGAGCCGGCCGCCAUGCCGGACCCCGCCCUCUUCCUUCACCCCUGGAGGGUCAGGGUGCGCUCCAGGCCAGGUCUGAUGCAGACGCCACCUCCGGGAGGGGAUGGGGAGGAAUCAGGAGACCAAAGUGCUGUGGCGCCACAGGAGCUUGCAGCCAGGCUGGUGUCUUCAACUGCAGCGCCCCCUGCUGCUGAGACGAAGGCAGAGUAGCAACAUUCUUACCUUUCGCUUCCGUCAACACUGUUAAAUUGACUGAACUGAGCUCCUAGGUAACACUUUUUUAACAACAUAAUGAACAGGAACGUGUCACUUUAACUAAGUCAGUGCUUGAAUGGAGGAGAACGACGUGUUUACACGGGUGUCGCUUGUACACCGCGGGGGCCUUAUCCCAAAGCAAUCGCUUUUUCGUCCAUUUUUGGAACGCUCUUCUUUUCAGAACAACUGUGAGCUGAACCUGAACGCGGAAAAUCGGUGUUUGUGUGACUGAAGACAUCUGCAACAUUUCAAACCAAGCCAUGCGUACUUAUUGCGUCGUCAUUGAGUUCAAUAACUUUAACCGGUCAACUCUAUUGAUUCCCUUAUUAAGCAUAUGAAAUCACACUAAUAUGCAAUAUUAUACACAUUUUGUAGAACACACACUGUAAAAUGUCAAACAUAUCCGCAAACAAACACUUCUUAGAGACAUUUUAAAACAAGUUGGCAUAUUUUGAAUAGAAAAAACGUGUUUUGUGCAGCAGGUUAGCGUGUGUCAACAAAAUGUUUUGUGUGUUUACUUUGUAGAAACAGGUGACACCUUUUGUGUCCCAAACAGACACAACUACGGUAAUUUUGCUUACUUCCCUUUUAUUUAACUUUUAGGGAAAAUGGAGAGUUUGCUGACUGCAUGUUUUGGUCAAUGAUAUUUUGUUUCAUGGAAACUAAAUAUUGGUUUAUUUAGAAAUAAUACACAGUUGUUAAUUAAUAUUGCACAUAGUUAUUAUUUUACAAUAAUAAUAAUUAUAUAAAAACAUCUAAUGUAAUAUUUAUUAUAACAAUUAUAAUAUAAAUUAUUUAUAUAUCACAUUAUUAAUGAUUAAUUAUUUAACUAUUAACUGAAAAAAACUCAAUUGACUGAGUGUGUUGAAAAAGCCUCAACUGAUCCAGGUUUGAUUUUUACUACCCGUCAAACAGUUCAUUUUUAAAAUCAGAUUAUUCACAGGUUACUACUCGCUUGCAUAAAUAAAACAACUUUAAAAAAAUACCUCAACAUUUGAAUACAAAUGCAAUUUUAUUGUUACAAUGUCGCACAGGAACAUUUUGUGUACAAGCAGAUCAUUUCUUGGCUCAAAAGAGUUUCAUCUAAAAUAUUUUCAGCAUUUAUUUUGAAGUGAAAUUAUUUUCCAAUAUUAAAUUAAAAUAAACCAUUCGCUUUUUCUUCUAAAAUUCCUUUUCAUGAAAAGAACAUUAUGUGACCCAAACAUACAUUGACCUAGUUGCUUUUUUCGUAAGGUUUGUUAUGCAAAGUAAGCUAUUUUAGUUAGCAUAGCCGGAUGUGACGCACCAUGCUAUUAUUGUGAAGGCCGGAAGCGUGUGACAUGUUGGUGAAGAGUUGGUCCUUAACGAGACUUUGGGUGGGCGAUACUGGGACUUUUUGUAUCGAUUUGAUACCAAGUAAUACUGGUACCGAUACCUUUUAGUCGAAAGUCCAUCCAUUUACUACCGCUUCAUGAAUUUUUUUAUUAAUUUGUUUAUUUUGCCUCUGGUUAGUUGAUUCUGAUUAUGUGAACACAGGAACAUUAUGCAAAGUGUUUUCAUGACAGAAUAUUAGGGGUGGGUGAUAUGGAUAAUUGAUUCGAUACCAGGUCAAUACAUAGCAAGUAUCGCCGAUACUGAUACUUAUAACUUGGAAGUCCUGAUCAUUGUAUGCUUUUGUGAAUUUUGCCUCUCGUUAGUUGAUUAUGAUUAUGUGUGAACACAAAAAAGUAAUGAAUUAAUUACAACAAUUUAAAACAAUACAAUAGUACAUAAAUAAAAAAAUAUACCUUGUUACGUUCUACUACACAGUUUGAGAAAAAAAGUCACAAUUACAUAUUUAAAAAAAAAAAAGCAACAAUGUCACAAAAAUAUAAAAAAUAAAAUGUUAACCCAACAACUUCCAUUAAAUGCAGAUAUUGGUUAAAAAAAAACAUGGUCAUUAGUUGGAAGAGCAGAGAGUCAAGGGUCAACGUGGGCAGCAGAGAGAGAAAGGAGUAUCAGUCCCAUCAUGCUAGUAUCGACCCAAUUCCAAUACCCACCUUGGUUUCAUCUAGUGGUUAGAGUGUCCGCCCUGAGAUCGGUAUGUUGUGAGUUCGAACCCCGGCCGAGUCAUACCAAAGACUAUAAAAAUGGGACCCAUUACCUCCCUGCUUGGCACUCGGCAUCAAGGGUUGGAAUUGGGGGUUAAAUCACCAAAAAUAAUACCCGGGCGCGGCACCGCUACUGCCCACUGCUCCCCUCACCUCCCAGGGGCUGCACAAGGGGGGUGGGUCAAAUGCAGAGGAAAAAUUUCACCACACCUAGUGUGUGUGUGUGACAACCAUUGGUACUUUAACAUUUUUUUUAACUUUAAUACCAUGGCUAUUUAAAUUAGAAGUGCAGAAGUGCGUCUCUACCCCUGCUACUACUUUUUUCCCAGCUAUGCUAAAGGUGAGUUAGCGGUGGCUAACUCUGCUAACUCUCCACAUAUUUUCUUUAUUCCGUCUCUGGGAAAGCUGCACCGGAUUAAUCCCAGCGAUGUAACUGAUAUGUGGCGCAAGCUCAGUAGUAAGGGAGCACGUUUUCAUUUGCAACAGACCCGACAAGAGAUCUCUUUUUCCCACCAGUCACACACUUCCGGCCUCCACAAUAACGGCAUGAUUGUCCAUAUGCGCUAACAAAAUGAAACAUGUCUUUACACAAAUGAGGACCUCUGGUGUAGGAAUGAAGCAAACUUAUAAUAAUCCUACUGUCAAUGUGUUGUUUUGUAAUUUUUAAUAUUUUUAUGUAUAUCCAAUACGCCAUUGGAAUGGUGGCUUCAUAAUAAGACAAACAAUUAAACAAAGGAUUAGUUUUAGAAAAAAUGUAAUCUAUCAUUGGGGAUUUCAUUUUUGAUGUGAGUAGUGGCGAUUCUAGCUAUGGGCAGGAAGGAGGUGGAAAAACAGGUCAGGACAUGUGUCAGAUGGGUGUCCUCUACAGGCCUCCGUACUGCUCACAAGAAGUGGAUACAACAAUGGACGGGAGAUGAUCUCUGUCAAUAGGAACAAGGAAGCGCGGACACAUUUGAUUGGUCAAUCAAUCAAUGUUUACUUAUAUAGCCCUAAAUCACUAGUGUCUCAAAGGGCUGCACAAACCACCACGACAUCCUCGGUAGGCCCACAUAAGGGCAAGGAAAACUCACACUCAGUGGGACAUCGGUGACAAUGAUGACUAUGAGAACCUUAGAGAGGAGGAAAGCAAUGGAUGUCGAGCGGGUCUAACAUGAUACUGUGAAAGUUCAAUCCACAAUGGAUCCAACACAGUCGCGAGAGUCCAGUCCAAAGCGGAUCCAACACAGCAGCGAGAGUCCCGUUCACAGCGGAGCCAGCAGGAAACCAUCCCAAGCGGAGGCGGAUCAGCAGCGCAGAGAUGUCCCCAGCCGAUACACAGGCAAGCAGUACAUGGCCACCGGAUCGGACCGGACCCCCUCCACAAGGGAGAGUGGGACAUAGAAGAAAAAGAAAAGAAACGGCAGAUCAACUGGUCUAAAAAGGGAGUCUAAUUAAAGGCUAGUGUAUACAAAUGAGUUUUAAGGUGAGACUUAAAUGCUUCUACUGAGGUGGCAUCUCGAACUGUUACCGGGAGGGCAUUCCAGAGUACUGGAGCCCGAACGGAAAACGCUCUAUAGCCCGCAGACUUUUUUUGGGCUUUGGGAAUCACUAAUAAGCCGGAGUCCUUUGAACGCAGAUUGGUGCCUUUGAGCGCUACUCAGGGACCAAUUCGGUUGGCCAAAAUCUGGCAGAAAUGACAAAAUUUAGGCACGAGGAAGAAAUUCAACAAUACCAAAGGGGGGGGGGGGGGGGUCCUGCCCAGCGCGCCAUUAAACCUAGAAGCACCACUGCUUGUGACCCUCACCCAAUCUCUUAAAAAGACAUCAUGAAGCAAUAUAUUUCUAUCUGUCUCUUCUAAAGACGUUUUAAUUGUUAUAGAUUUAUGUUUUUAAUGUGUUUUGCUGGAACUGGUUCACUCGACGCCUACUUAGCAUCACACGCUGCUGGCCUCAAACAUGUUAUUCCACACACGACUGCCAACUAAAACACACAUUUCAUUUUUCGAGCUGGCAAAAAGUGGGUCUUUUCUUUUUUAAAGGACAAAACGACUGCUCCGGUAGACUUUCGUUUGACCGCAGGAGUUCUGAGCUAAGACUGUUAGGAUCGCUGCGCGCAUUCCAAAAAUGAAACGUCAGGUAGAUUCAAGUUGUCGUAGCACUAAAUGUAUACUGUAUGUACAGUAUUCCACUCUCUCAGCUCUUGUUUACCAUAUGGAUGACUUACAGAAAGGACUCUUUUCAAGUGCUGACGGAAGCAUUUUACAUUUCUUUUUUUUUUAUAUAUAGCUUUAAGACUAUAAUCAUCCACUUGCUACUUUUAAAACUAUAUUGCUCUACUUUUCCCACGUGAAAUUAAGUCCGUUUGAAAAUGUCUUCCAUCUUUAUAAGGACCCUAAAGCAUACGGCAUCUGACAUUUGACCUAUUUGAUGUGUGGUCCCCAACAUGAGAGCUUCUUCCUAGUACGUCGUUGAGUGUUGAUUGAUAACCGCGUCAUCAAAAGCUUCCCAUCGCACUGUAAACAUGAUUGGAAUAAAAACCAAUACCUGUCUCCAUGCUA